CUGAAAUCACGCGGGGAUGGAGAAGGCCCGUGCUUGUUGUUGUUGUUGUCGGCAAAAUGGCGUCUGGCAGUGAGGCCCCAGAAUCUUGGUACCUCGCCUUGCUUGGAUUCGCAGAGCAUUUCCGUACUUCAAGUCCUCCUAAGAUUCGUCUUUGCGUCCAUUGUCUUCAGGCCGUUUUUCAGUUCAAGCCCCCGCAAAGGGUUGAAGCGCGAACUCACCUUCAGCUCGGCUCGGUGCUUUAUCAUCACACCAAGAACAGCGAACUCGCCAGGACCCACCUGGAGAAAGCGUGGUUCAUUUCACAACAAGUCCCUCAGUUUGAAGAUGUUAAAUUUGAAGCCGCAAGUCUGCUUUCAGAACUCUAUUGCCAACAGAAUUUGGUGGAUUCUGCGAAGCCCUUACUGCGCAAGGCCAUCCAGAUCUCACAGCAGACUCCCUACUGGCACUGCCGGCUGCUCUUUCAGCUUGCGCAACUGCACACCUUGGAAAAGGACCUGGUGUCGGCAUGUGACCUUCUGGGAGUGGGUGCUGAGUAUGCAAGGGUCGUGGGCUCUGAAUACACCAGAGCCCUGUUUCUAUUGAGUAAAGGAAUGCUGCUGUUAAUGGAGCGAAAGCUCCAGGAGGUGCACCCCCUGCUGACUCUCUGUGGGCAGAUCGUGGAGAACUGGCAGGGAAACCCCAUUCAGAAGGAGUCUCUGAGGGUCUUCUUCCUGGUGCUGCAGGUCACACACUACCUGGAUGCAGGGCAGGUGAAGAGCGUGAAGCCCUGCCUGAAGCAGCUGCAGCAGUGCAUCCAGACCAUCUCCACACUCCACGACGACGAGAUCCUGCCCAGCAACCCCGCCGACCUGUUCCACUGGCUGCCCAAGGAGCACAUGUGUGUGCUGGUGUACCUGGUGACAGUAAUGCACUCCAUGCAGGCGGGCUACUUGGAGAAGGCACAGAAGUACACAGAUAAAGCACUCAUGCAGUUAGAAAAACUAAAAAUGCUGGACUGCAGCCCCAUUCUGUCCUCCUUCCAAGUCAUACUACUGGAGCACAUCAUCAUGUGUCGGCUAGUCACUGGCCACAAGGCAACAGCAUUACAAGAGAUCUCCCAGGUUUGUCAGCUGUGCCAGCAGUCCCCCAGAUUAUUCUCCAAUCACGCUGCUCAGCUUCACACUUUACUAGGUCUGUACUGCAUCUCUGUGAACUGCAUGGACAAUGCAGAGGCGCAGUUCACUACAGCACUGCGGAUGACCACACACCAGGAGCUUUGGACCUUCAUUGUGACCAACCUGGCCAGCGUUUAUAUCAGGGAGGGGAACAGACACCAGGAGCUGUACAGCCUGUUGGAGAGGAUAAAUCCAGAUCAUAACUUCCCUGUAAGCUCCCACUGUCUGCGGGCGGCAGCCUUCUACAUCCGGGGACUCCUGUCUUUCUUCCAAGGGCGUUACAAUGAGGCUAAGCGUUUCUUGCGAGAGACUCUGAAGAUGUCCAAUGCUGAGGAUCUGAAUCGACUAACGGCCUGUUCCCUGGUUUUGCUUGGUCAUAUCUUCUACGUGCUGGGAAACCAUCGGGAGAGCAACAACAUGGUGGUCCCAGCCAUGCAGCUGGCCAGCAAGAUCCCCGACAUGUCUGUCCAGCUGUGGUCCUCUGCUCUGCUGAAGGAUUUGAACAAGGCCUGCGGGAACACGAUGGACGCGCACGAGGCGGCGCAGAUGCACCAGAACUUCUCCCAGCAGCUCCUCCAGGACCACAUCGCCGCCUGCAGCCUACCGGAGCACAACCUCAUCAGCUGGACUGAUGGCCCUCCCCCAGUGCAGUUCCAGGCCCAGAAUGGCCCCACCACCAGUCUGGCCAGCCUACUGUGAGCCCAGCAGACCCCACCAGCCUGCUAUGAGCCCAGCAGACCCCACCAGCCUGGCCAGCCUGCUGUAAGCCAGGCAGACCCCACCAGCCUGCUAUGAGCCCAGCAGACCCCACCAGCCUGGCCAGCCUGCUAUGAGCCCAGCAGACCCCACCAGCCUGGCCAGCCUGCAAUGAGCUCAGCAGACCCCACCAGCCUGCUAUGAGCCCAGCAGACCCCACCAGCCUGCUAUGAGCCCAGCAGACCCCACCAGCCUGGCCAGCCUGCUAUGAGCCCAGCAGACCCCACCAACCUGGCC